AUGGUCAUCGGCAUAAUUUCCGCCGGCAUAGGCGCCUCCAACGCGCUGCUUAGCUUUUAUGCAUCAUUGCUGUACUACUGGGUCCGUCGGGGCAGCUAUGCCGACUGCCCAUUUUUUUCAGACAAUUUACACGCUAAGACGUAUGUGUACUCAAUCGCUCUGUUGAACCCGCUGUGGGAUCAGCCGCACUACCGUCACCCAAGCUUUUACAAGGAUCUUGUGACCAACUUGCGCAAUGUGGCCAUCCCAGGCACGGGCGUGCCACUUUCGAUCGUAAGCUAUUCGCGAUUGAGUCUUUUCCCCUUCCUAUUAUUAGUGUAUCCAUGGCUAUGCGUCAUUGGCGCUUUCUUUGAGCUGCCUAAGGAAUAUUCAAGCAAACAGGGUGGAUUUAUUGAGCGCUUCUUACGCACUUUUGAACAGAUACUUGUUUGUCCACAGAACUGGUUUGCUUUUUGGCGUAUGAAUUGUCACUUAGUGAGUCUACACAGCCUUAAAACGAACUCUCCUGGUUAUGUGAUGGAAAAUAAAUGGGACUUUCUUCUUGAAUCAGAGAAGGCUGGAAUCGCCAUUUCGCCCUAUCUUAAAUCGCCCGGCUCGCUGGUUAUUAAGGACCGCAAUGAAGAGGGAGGAAUGGGCAUUUUCAUUUUUAAAAAUGCCGUUGACGGGGGAGAUUGGAUCAUUCAAGAGAAACUCGACAACUCGCCAUUUCUUAAAAAGCUGCUACCAGAAAUCUCACCUUUAUCAACUUUUCGUAUCAUUACGGCCUCGCGGUACGGUUUGGGUGAGACUGAGGCGCGAAAAGAUGGCGGUAACGGAGUCAAGUCACUCAGCUGUGUUUUCCGUGCGGGCUUAGCGGGUGCUGCCACGGACCACAAGUCUAUUAUGUUUGACGUGGAUAUGGAGUCCGGCAAAAUCCUCAAGGGUUCAACGACCACUCACUGGUACCGCGUCGGUCCGCAUCAUUUAUUCAGCGGAACCCUUAGCGUGGGCCACGACAUCACCAACCACCCAAACACUGGUGUUCCUAUUACAGGCAAUGUGAUAAAAGAAAUUAAACAGAUGAAAGAGCUUGCGGAAGAGGCGCAUUUCAAACUCAUGAAGGAUGUACCGCUUUGCGGUUGGGACGUUGCUAUCACUGAUCUCGGCGUUCUUUUGCUUGAGGUCAACAUCUCAUGCAACUUCUUUCGCGGUACUUUUGAUCAGCCCUGGUACUUUAAGUUCUUGGAUGAAUACUUUCGCCAUCUUGAAAAGCUGCACGCGCCAUUAAAGAAGACAGUUUAA